UUAUGCUGAUCUACGAUUGGGUCAAGCCCACGCGUUUCCGGUUUGAACGAAGCCCGAAAGUGAUCGGAUAAUUUGGAAAUAUUAACCAAAAAUGACAUUUUUUUCACUUCGGAAAUUGUGUUGCUCUUGCUUACAUUCCAUAUGUAAUCCUAUACAAGUGUUCAGGACUGGCAGAGUACAGUGCAUUCUGGAAAUGUGUUCAGGCCGGUGGAGCUUACAUGUUCACCCAGCUGGUGAAGAUGCUGAUCCUAGCCACUUUUUUCCCAGCAUCAGAGGUGCCGAUUGGUGGGCUGGAUGUCACAGGGGAGUUCCUCAAGUGCACGGUUGACCUGGCGGAUCUGGUCGGCAUCCAUUUUGUCAUGUCCCGGAUUGCAGGGAAGGGUCAGCUGAAGUUCAUGAUAGCUGGCAUGGGGUGGGCCACAGCAGAGCUUGUCAUGACCAGGUUUCUACCCCUCUGGGUCGGAGCAAGAGGUGUGGAGUUUGACUGGAAGUAUGUGCAGAUGAGCUUCGACUCCAAUGUUAGCCUCAUCCAUCACAUCAGUAUGGCCAUGUUGGUCUGGCUGUACUGUCGUAGUGACCUGCAGAAGUCGCUGGUCCCCAUCGUCAUGGCCCUGUUGGCUCUCGGCUGUUACAGGCCCCUCAUUGUAGAAAUUCUCAUCCAUGCUGUUGGGUUUGGAUCAUGGACAUUGCUGAUAUCUAAAGCCGUUUUCACAGCCUGUGUUGCCAUGGUAUCGCUGCAGAUGUAUCUUGGAAUCCCAUCACAACUCCAGAAUUCUUUCUACUGAGCUACACCAAUGACAGUUAUUUCCCUUGCAGUUGCCUCCCUUGAACGACUUUUGUGAGCCAGUAUGAACAAGAUAUAGCAGCCAUGCCUUUCAGGGUAGAAGGUAGCCUGCAGCUAAAAAAUGUUAGGCAAUGUUGAGGAUGGAAUGAAGGAUAUAUGUUAACUUUAAGAAUGUAUUUUCUCUUGAAACUGGAAAAUGUAUGCAACCUGUGUCUAACUGUUAUUUUGAUGAACCUUUUAGAAAAAUAACCUCAGGAAUUGUUCUAUAGUUUUUUGAUACAUACAGCUGAAAAUAUCUGUAUUGAGUAAGACUGCAAGGUCCAUGUGAAACUUCAUCAGCAGGAAUGAUGGAUCUAUUCAAGAGCACACACCCUGUUAUCACCUGCAUGGAGGCAGCCAUUUUGGUCAACUACAAAAUUUAAACUGGCAGCUGGUUAACAGUAAAACUACGACUGUUUCCUCUGUAAAAUAUUUAUGUGAACAAGGAAUUAAUGGGUUAAUGCUGAAGAAUCUGAGUUCCAAGAAGUACUGCUCCAGUAUUCAAUAUUAUAGGUUAUACAACAUACAUGGAGGUUUGUACAUAAGCUAUAACGUGCUGGCUAUCAUCUGCAGCAGACUUGGGGAAAACUGGUUUCCACACAACAUACUAUUAAUGUUCAUGGCUUUAUGUUGUAUUCCUUACAACUGUGUAAAUAUACGACAAAGUUGCAAGUGAAGAGAGCGUAAGUUGCAGUAUGUGUUAAUUGUGUCUAACUGGAUGAGUAUGUCAAAGAUUUGUUGAAGCCAAGAAUCGUGGUCGUUUUGAGAGAGAAUGAAAGUCAGACAUUCAUCCAUUUUUGUCAUCCGUCAUGCCUGAGGAAAAUGUAUUUAGGUUGAUUAAUAUAUUCACGUAGUGUUUAGGCAAGUUUCCUUUUAGGGAGAGUUUUUAUAUCAGAUCUGAAUCAAUUAUAAGUCAGUAAUAGUUUUAUGAUGCCUUGCACAAGCAGUAUCAUUAGUUUUUAGUGACUCUCUAAUGAUCUCCAUCAAGACAAGCUAACUUAGUUGUGAGCACUUUUUCAGUCAUGAACGUCAUCCCUGUCCUUGUCACUAUGGAAGCCCAGAUGCUUAAGGUGCAAUAUCUACCUGAGUUAUGUCCCUUAGUUGGCAGGAUCUGCUGAUGAGAUCUGCCUCACCCAGAUCCUUGGUAUUUCAGUAUCUGUGUUGAGGUGUUACCGGCAUGACAUAAGCGUUUCUCCCACGUUAUGCUGACACGGGAAAUGUUUAAACAUUUUACAAAUUUUGUAUUCUUUUAUGAUUCAAUACAGGAUACAUAAUUCUUUUAUAAUUUUCUGUCACUGCCAAGAUGUUUUGAGUCAACUUGCCAGAAUAUAGCAUC